GCACACCGGCACCAUCAUGCUCAUCCCGUGGGCGAUUUCGACGGCGUUGGCGUCUUCCAUAGUCUCUGUUGCAGUUGGAUUCUUUCCUCCCACUUCGUUAGGGUACACUACAGGGCAUGGUACGCGCUUGACAACACCCCGACCAUUCUCUCGCGCAGCAGGCGCACCAGGUAGCACGCCAGUGUCCUCCGCUCGCGUAGGGGAGCGGUUACGGGUCCGGUGCACAAGAGGUAUCCACGCCCGUGGGGGCGGUGAUCGUCAUGGCCGGGACGGGAUUCGACGGCCAUGGCGGAGAUCGGCCAUGGCCACAGACGAGGUUGAAGUCGAGGAGGACAGCAAGGGGGUGGCGGCGAUGAUCGAGGGGGGAUGGGGGGAGCAGAAAGACGACGGCAACGUGUCCUACACGAGGAUGCUCAAGUUUAUUUUGCCGACGCUGGGCAUCUGGCUGGCGUCUCCGAUAAUGAGCCUCGUGGACGCUGGGGUGGUUGGGACGAGGAGCGCGACGGAGCUGGCAUCACUUGGCCCAGCGACCGUGCUCUGCGAAAGUUUGAUCUACUGCAGCACGUUUCUGGCAAUCGCAGUAACCAAUUUGCAAGCUACAGCGCUGGCCGAUGGGAAGCGGGCAGAAGCCCAGAAGGUGGUAGCCCAGGCAUUGGGAUUGGCUCUCUCGAUAGGGUUGAUGGUCGCGGUGGGAGUUCAGGCGUUUGGACCGAGAGUUCUGGCGCAACUGGCCGGAGAGAAGAGCAAGGAGGUCGUACCGGCGGCGCUCGUAUACUCGAGAGUGCGGAUACUAGGCGCUCCCGCUUCCAUCGCCGCUAUGGUGCUGCAGGCGGCUUGCCUUGGAGCUCGCGAUUCGGUAACCCCCUUGGGGGUCGUUUUGAUAGCCAGCGCGAUGAACGGGCUGGGGGAUUGGGUCACCGUCUGCAGGAUGGGCAUGGGUGUGUUCGGGGCGGCGGCGGCCACCGCGUCUGCGGAAACCGUGAGCAUGGUGCUCCUGGGCUUGGCCGUGUGGAGGGCGCAGGGAGAGCGUGUGUACAAGUUCGUGGAGCUACCCUCUGCGGAAGAGCUGAAGGUCUUCCUCGACUUCGCGGGGCCCAUCGCGUUCGCCUUGCUAGGAAAGGUGCUCUGCUACUCGGUCAUGACUCUCACGGUCACCGCGAUAGGGCCAUUACCGCUGGCGACUCACAAUGUGAUGCUGAGAGUGUUCUUCUUCUUUGCCACGUUCGGAGAGGCCUUGUCGCAGACGGCCCAGGCCUUCAUCCCCGGGCAGCUCGCCAGAGAACGGAGCAUCAAGUCGGCCAAGAAAGCCGCCCGGGCUGCUGCGGCUGCGGUGGCCGGGGACGCAGCCGCUGCCGAGGACAGUAGCGCCGACCCGCGGCUCAGUCCCGCCCGAACAAUGAUGAGGAAGGUGCUCAUUCUUGGAGUAGGAGUCGGCAGCGUCAACGCCUGUGUGGCGGGGCUUGUCCCUCUUCACCUGCCCCACCUCUUCACCAACUCCUUGGAGGUGGCAGCCGGGAUGCGGAGCCUCACGCCGCUGCUGUCGUGGAGCCUCCUCACCCACGCCUGCGUGAUGGGCCUGGAGGGGAUACUGCUCGCCCGACGGCGGCUUGGUUUCCUUGCGGGGUGCUACGCUCUCAACACAGUGGUGUUAGUGAGUUUCAUGCAAUGGGUCAGGACGUGGCCUGCGACGCGGGGUUUGCAUGGCGCGUGGAUGGGGCUGUUGCUGCUGCAGAUCAUCAGGCGAAGUUGCGGAGUUUGGGAUGCAUCUGCUGUGGCUCAACCGGAGAAGUCGCGUCACCGAAACGAAGGCUGCAGCCGCUGCUUAGGCUUGUCCUGCUCACUCGAAUCAUUCGCGCCACGCCGUGAUGGUGCGCUUGCUGGAGCGACCAAUUCGAAAGUGCCACUUUUUUACGGUCGUUGACGAGAGCAACGCUCGCACCGAGUGAAUAUCAUCUGGUAUAGUAGUGCCACUUUUCUUGUCCAUGAAGUCGAUGAUUUCUUGUCCAAUCGCAUUGUUGCUGUUUUUGGUGAUGAAUCGAUCCUCGUGGUGUAGAUCACUUUGAAAUCACGUACGUACGUACGUACUUUGGUACAAAAUGUCGUGUUUUUCAUGGGAGACCUUCCUUGUCGGCAGGACCAAUCCAACUUGCUUUGCAGGUACUCCGAAGCCAUCCGACAAUUCGCAAGCGUUUUUGAGGCGUCAGUUGGUCGCAGUUUUCCUGCCAAUCGCUGGUACCCCGGCAUCGCUUGAGGGAUGGCGGGCAUUAGGUCACCUGGAGCACACUCCUGCUACGCCACAUUCAGAGCAUUCCUGCGACUACCCCAUGAACUCAGGGUGGGGUCGGUGGGGUAGGGAGGA